AUGACCGCGUUGCACCAACAAUUCUCCCGCUUUCCAUCACCCCGCUCCAUUGUCCCGCUUUCCACCACCCCGCCCAAUUCUCCCUCUUUCCAUCACCCCUCCCCAAUCUCCCUCUUUCCAUCACCCCGCCCCAUUCUCCCGAUUUCCAUCACCCCGCCCCGUUCUCCCGCUUUCCAUCACACCGGCCCAUUCUCCCCUCUUUCCAUCACCCCGCCCCAUCCUCCUGCUUUCCAUCAUCCCGCCCCAUUCUCCCGCUUUCCAUCACCCCGUCCCGUUCUCUCACUUUCCAUCACCCCGCCCCAUUCUCCCGCCUUCCAUCACCCCGCCCGCUCCAUUCUCCCGCUUUCCAUCACCCCGCCCAAUUCUCCCUCUUUCCAUCACCCCUCCCCAUUCUCCCUCUUUCCAUCACCCCGCCCCAUUCUCCCUCUUUCCAUCACCCUGCCCCAUUCUCCCACCUUUCAUCACCCCGCCCUAUUCUCCCGCUUUCCAUCACCCCGCCCAAUUCUCCCGCUUUCCAUCACCCCGCCCAAUUCUCCCGCUUUCCACCACCCCGCCCAAUUCUCCCUCUUUCCAUCACCCCUCCCCAUUCUCCCUCUUUCCAUCACCCCGCCCCAUUCUCCCGCUUUCCAUCACCCAGCCCCAUUCUCCCUCUUUCCAUCACCCCGCCCCAUUCUCCCUCUUUCCAUUACCCCGCCCCGUUCUCCUGCUUUCCAUCACCCCGCCCCAUUUUCCCUCUUUCCAUCACCUCGCCCCAUUCUCCCGCUUUCUAUCACCCCGCCCCAUUCUCCCACUUUCCAUCAACCCGCUCCAUUCUCCCGCUGUCCAUCACCCCGCCCGAUUCUCCCGCUUUCCAUCACCCCUCUCCAUUCUCCCUCUUUCGAUCACCCCGUCCCAUUCUCCCUCUUUCCGUCACCCCGCCCCAUUCUCCCUGUUUCCAUCACCUCGCCCCAUUCUCCCUCUUUCCAUAACCCCGCCCCAUUCUCCUGCUUUCCAUCACCCCGCCCCAUUCUCCAGCUUUUUAUCACCCCGCCCCAUUCUCCCAAUUUCCAUAACCCCGCCCCAUUCUCCCACUUUCCAUCACCCCGCCAUGUUCUCCCGCUUUCCAUCACUUCGCCCCGUUCUCCCGCUUUCCAUCACACCGGCCCAUUCUCCCCUCUUUCCAUCACCCCGCCCAAUCCUCCUGCUUUCCAUCAUCCCGCCCCAUUCUCCCGCUUUCCAUCACCCCGUCCCGUUCUCUCACUUUCCAUCACCCCGCCCCAUUCUCCCGCUUUCCAUCACCCCGCCCGCUCCAUUCUCGCGCUUUCCAUCACCCCGCCCAAUUCUCCCUCUUUCCAUCACCCCUCCCCAUUCUCCCUCUUUCCAUCACCCCGCCCCAUUCUCCCAAUUUCCAUCACCCCGCCCCAUUCUCCCACUUUCCAUCACCCCGCCCCAUUCUCCCGCUUUCCAUCACCCCGCCCCGUUCUCCCGCUUUCCAUCACACCGGCCCAUUCUCCCCUCUUUCCAUCACCCCACCCCAUCCUCCUGCUUUCCAUCAUCCCGCCCCAUUCUCCCGCUUUCCAUCACCCCGUCCCGUUCUCUCACUUUCCAUCACCCCGCCCCAUUGUCCCGCUUUCCAUCACCCCGCCCGCUCCAUUCUCCCGCUUUCCAUCACCCCGCCCAAUUCUCCCUCUUUCCAUCACCCCUCCCCAUUCUCCCUCUUUCCAUCAUCCCGCCCCAUUCUCCCUCUUUCCAUCACCCCGCCCCAUUCUCCGGCCUUUCAUCACCCCGCCCUAUUCUCCCGCUUUCAAUCACCCCGCCAAAUUCUCCCGCUUUCCAUCAACCCGCCCCAUUCUCCCGCCUUCCAUUCCCCACCCCAUUCUCCCUCUUUCAAUCACCCCGCCCCAUUAUCCCGCUUUCCAUCACCCCGCCCCAUUCUCCCUCUAUCCAUCACCCCGCCCAAUUCUCCCACUUUCCAUCACCCCAUCCCAUUCUCCCGUUUUCCAUCACCCUGCCCCAUUCUCUCGCUUUCCAUCACCCCGCCUUAUUCUCCCGCUUUCCAUCACCCCGCCCCAUUCUCCCGAUUUCCAUCACCCUGCCCAAUUCUCCCGCUUUCCAACACCCCGCCUCAUUCUCCCGCUUUCCAUCACCCCAUCCCGUUCUCUCACUUUCCAUCACCCCGCCCCAUUCUCCCGCUUUCCAUCACCCCGCCCGCUCCCUUCUCCCGCUUUCCAUCACCCCGCCCAAUUCUCCCUCUUUCCAUCACCCCUCCCCAUUCUCCCUCUUUCCAUCAUCCCGCCCCAUUCUUCCUCUUUCCAUCACCCCGCCCCAUUCUCCGGCCUUUCAUCACCCCGCCCUAUUCUCCCGCUUUCCAUCACCCCGCCCAAUUCUCCCGCUUUCCAUCACCCCGCCCCAUUCUCCCGCCUUCCAUUCCCCACCCCAUUCUCCCUCUUUCAAUCACCCCGCCCCAUUAUCCCGCUUUCCAUCACCCCGCCCCAUUCUCCCUCUAUCCAUCACCCCGCCCAAUUCUCCCACUUUCCAUCACCCCAUCCCAUUCUCCCGUUUUCCAUCACCCUGCCCCAUUCUCUCGCUUUCCAUCACCCCGCCUUAUUCUCCCGCUUUCCAUCACCCCGCCCCAUUCUCCCGAUUUCCAUCACCCUGCCCAAUUCUCCCGCUUUCCAACACCCCGCCUCAUUCUCCCGCUUUCCAUCAGCCCAUCCCGUUCUCUCACUUUCCAUCACCCCGCCCCAUUCUCCCGCUUUCCAUCACCCCGCCCGCUCCAUUCUCCCGCUUUCCAUCACCCCGCCCAAUUCUCCCUCUUUCCAUCACCCCUCCCCAUUCUCCCUCUUUCCAUCAUCCCGCCCCAUUCUCCCUCUUUCCAUCACCCCGCCCCAUUCUCCGGCCUUUCAUCACCCCGCCCUAUUCUCCCGCUUUCCAUCACCCCGCCCAAUUCUCCCGCUUUCCAUCACCCCGCCCCAUUCUCCCGCCUUCCAUUCCCCACCCCAUUCUCCCUCUUUCAAUCACCCCGCCCCAUUAUCCCGCUUUCCAUCACCCCGCCCCAUUCUCCCUCUAUCCAUCACCCCGCCCAAUUCUCCCACUUUCCAUCACCCCAUCCCAUUCUCCCGUUUUCCAUCACCCUGCCCCAUUCUCUCGCUUUCCAUCACCCUGCCUUAUUCUCCCGCUUUCCAUCACCCCGCCCCAUUCUCCCGAUUUCCAUCACCCCGCCCAAUUCUCCCGCUUUCCAACACCCCGCCUCAUUCUCCCGCUUUCCAUCACCCCGCCCCAUUCUCACUCUUUCCAUCACCCCUCCCCAUUCUCCCUCUUUCCAUCACCCCGCCCCAUUCUCCCUCCUUCCAUCACCCCACCCCAUUCUCCAUCUUUCCAUCACCCUACCCAAUUCUCCCGCUUUCCAUCACCCCGCCCAAUUCUCCCGCUUUCCAACACCCCGCCUCAUUCUACCGCUUUCCAUCACCCCGCCCCAUUCUCACUCUUUCCAUCACCCCUCCCCAUUCUCCCUCUUUCCAUCACCCCGCCCCAUUCUCCCGCCUUCCAUCACCCCACCCCAUUCUCCAUCUUUCCAUCACCCUACCCAAUUCUCCCGCUUUCCAUCACCCCGCCCCAUUCUCUCGCCUUCCAUCACUCCGCCCCAUUAUCCCGCUUUCCAUCACCCCGCCCAUUCUCCCUCUAUCCAUCACCCCGCCCAAUUCUCCCACUUUCCACCACCCCGUCCCAUUCUCCCGUUUUCCAUCACCCUGCCCCAUUCUCUUGUUUUCCACCACCCCGUCCCAUUCUCCCGCUUUCCAUCACCCCGCCCCAUUCUCCCUCUUUCCAUGA